UGUCCUCUUAAUGAGCAUAAAAGAUCUCACACAGGGGAGAAGUCACAUUCCUGCUCUGAGUGCGGGAAAUGUUCUGUACAAAAUGUAGUAUUUGUCACACCUCAGAGGUCUUAUUCCUGUCCUGAGUGUGGAAAAUUAUUUUCACAGAAGUCACGUCUUAAUGAUCAUCAGAGAUUGCACACAGGUGAAAAGCCGUAUUCCUGUCCUGAGUGCGGAAGAUGUUUUUCAGUUAAGUCUAAUCUUUACAGACAUCAGAGAUCACAUACCGGGGAAAAACCACUCUCAUGUCCUGAGUGCGGAAAAAGUUUCGUAAAUAAGUCCAGUCUUUAUAAUCACGUGAGAUCGCACACAGGUGAAAAGCCAUUUUCCUGUACUGAGUGCGGAAAAAGUUUUUCAAAUAAGUCCAUUCUUUAUAAUCAUCAGAGACGACACACAGGUGAGAAGCCGUAUUCCUGUCCCGAAUGUGGGAAAUGUUUUGCACAAAAAACAGACCUUGUCGCACAUCAGAAGUCUCACGCAGAUGAGAAGCCGUAUUCCUGUUCGGAGUGCGGGAAAUGUUUUUCAUUUAAGUCACGUCUUUACAGACAUCAGAGAUUGCACACAGGGGAGAAGCCGUAUUCUUGUUCUGAGUGCGGGAAAUGUUUUUUAAUUCAGUCACAUCUUGUCACACAUCAGAGAAUGCACACAGGUGAGAAGCCGUAUUCCUGUCCUGAGUGUGGAAAAUGUUUUUCACAGACGUCAAAUCUUUACAGGCAUCAAAGAUCGCACGCGGGGGAGAAGGCGCUUUCCUGUUCUUAGUGAGGGGAUUGUUAUCCGCUGAAGUCCUGUCUUCCUGUACAUGAGGGAUCCCACACAACCCUCGACGUAUAGUAGUUCUUUGAGUGCGGGAAAUGUCUUCUAUAAGAAUUUCUCUGUAUAUGUCAGGAGGAAGCACACCAAUAUACACCUCAGAUAUACCCCAGGGCUGAUCUUCAUCAUGUAAGAAACAGUUCAUAGAGAUGUAGCACAUUCCUAGUUUGGCAGGUAAAUUUAGUUUCUGGCUUCCUCUAUAAUCAGAGGAGUAGCGAUUGUUUGCUCUGGUCUGUUUAGGGUUUCAUAAGCUUGGGGUUUGAUUCCCCUUCCUCUAGAAGAAAUUUCUACAGCUUAGCAAGGGGCACCUCUGGACUGGGUGCUGAACUAGUCUCCUAUGGACAAAGCUCAUGGACUUGUUCUCCACCUCCAGGAUCGUGUUAUAUGUUGCUGCACCGUCCCCAGCUGUGCACCUACAGACUGUUCUAGUCAAACUGUCCUUAUAAUACUGCCACUGAUAGAGAGGUGUCCCCUGAAAGUUGGACCGUGAUUUCCCUUAAUGCAGUGGUCAUCAUCCCUGUCCUCAGGGCCCUGUAACAGGCCAGAUUUUAGGUAUUACUUUGGAGCAAGGAUCCUCAACCUACGGCCC